UCUUCAUUAAAAAAUCUCCAAAAAUGGCAGUUGAUUUUAUUGGGUUUUCAAAAAUGAAUGAGCAAUUAGCUCUUCAAGAAGCUGCUUCAGCCGGUUUAAAAUCUAUGGAACAUUUAAUCCGGUUGGUUUCUCAUCAACAACAGCAACAGCCGGUUCAGCUCGAUUGCCGCGAGAUAACUGACUUCACUGUUUCGAAAUUUAAGAAGGUUAUUUCUAUUCUGGACCGGACCGGCCAUGCUCGGUUCCGCCGUGGUCCGGUUCAGGUUCAUCCUCAUAAUUUUAUCUCUUUCUCUCUUUCUCCGUCAAAUCAGCAGUUGAACUUAGCUCCGGCUAAAGAGACACCUCCACCGCCACUAUCAGUGUCGCCGCCAUUAACGGCGUUGACGCUUGACUUUACGAAGCCAAACGUUGACCGUCCGGCGGGAAAUUCCAAUGCUAUUGUUGCUGUGAAGUCAAAGGAGACUUUCUGUAUAUCUACGCCGAUGGCGACUUCGACGAACUCGUCGUCGUUCAUUUCGUCGAUUACCGGCGAAGGAAGUGUAUCAAACGGAAAACAAGGUUCGUCAAUGUUUCUGCCUCCGGCGCCAGCUGUUUCCGCAGGGAAACCACCAGUAGCCGGUAAAAGAUGCCGCGAGCACGAACACUCCGAAGAUAUCUCCGGCAAAUCCACCGGCUCCGGGAAGUGUCACUGCAAAAAGAGGAAAUCUCGUGUAAAGACAGUUGUAAGAAUCCCAGCGAUAAGUUCGAGAAUUGCGGAUAUACCGGGAGACGAGUUCUCGUGGAGAAAAUACGGGCAGAAGCCGAUCAAGGGUUCACCAUACCCACGGGGAUAUUAUAAGUGUAGCAGCGUAAGAGGAUGUCCAGCGAGGAAACACGUGGAAAGGGCAAUGGAUGAUCCUGCUAUGCUGAUUGUGACUUAUGAAGGGGAACAUCGUCAUACGAUAGGCGCAAUGCAGGAGAACAACUCUCAAAUGAUGGUGUUUGGGUCAACGGAAGAGAGGAAGGAGUGAAAUAGAGUUUUAGGGGUAUUUUUGUAGUUUUGGACUAGUUGAGGGGCGGAAUUAACAUUUGACAAAGAGUUAAAGGUUAAAGGCGUAGAGAGUUGUAGUUGUGGGGUUGGAUUCGUAUGUAAAUUUGGGAAGAUUUUAGGGGCAGAAAUAGAAAGGGAAAAGUUUAAUUUGUUGGAAGUUUCGACUUCUUCGUUUAAUACUUAUGGAAUGAUUAGCUUGAAAGGUUUAUAAAUUAAUUUUAUUUUUCAUA